CACACGCCAGCGGUAGUCUCGCCGCGGUGGAUGUAUCGGCACAAGAGCCAUGGCGUCAUUCAUAUGGGACGCGCUCAAACAAACGCCAUCUGCCCUCGCCCACCGAUCCCGCCCACUCUUCUUUCCUCUGGUGGUAUAAGAACUACGGCAGGCCAAUGGAUCAUCGAUGAGAGAACGUGCGCGGGCAUCUCGGUCAGACGUGCGUCCAGAGUGAAGCCAGAAGGACUACGCGGUACCUGGACUAUAAGCGUUUCCACUUUCCCGUCUUCUCGCCGGUUGCCACUGGAGGAAGACGACCUUGAGGAUGACUGCGCACAGUUCUCGGACGUGGCACGGCCUCCAGCUGGUCGUGUCACUCCUGGCGGCCACCUUAACGGCAGCGCUGCUCUUCUCCGGUGCUGCGAGCGCUGGACGGGCGGUGCAUCCUUACCCACACCUUUCCCGAAGAGGUCGGGAGCUGGAGUACUUUCCUGGCGUGGGCCUGGUGGAACCACUGGGCCUGCUGGCAGUAGCCUCGCUGCCUCUGUUCGUGCUCUUUUCGGUCAUGUGGCUCGUGUUCCCACUGUGGUUCAAGUUCCAUCACUUUGGACUCUACGGGCACGGUCUGGUGCCGGGAAUUUUGCCCGGAGCCGCGGCCGCCGGGGUUCCGGCGGCCGGAAGGCGCAGAAGGAGGGACCUCCGCGAGCAGCAGAGAGGCGGCGAGAGCCUCACCGAGGUGGCCGCGCGUGUAGUCAAGGCUCUACGCGAUGGACUCGACAAGUACUCGUAACCCCCGCGAAAGCGAGACAGUCUGAAGGUUGAUUCGUUUUUGGGGUUCUCAUUCGGGUGAUCAUUUCGAGAAGUAGCAAGAACCACUAUUUUCUUCGCCGCUACGUGCGCUGCCAGCAUUCCCCGAAUGAUUUGGUUGAAUAACGUUCAGGCCAGGGGUGACCAUUGACCAAAGGAAGCGCAUAUUUGUCCGUCUAGACAAAACGCGCUAUAGAUUAGGCUUGACUACUAUGCCAGACAGAAUGCUUUUCAUUUUUUCCGGAACCAAACUAAUGCUGCUGGCUCGCAUGCAGGGAUAAAAGACAGAAUGGCGCGAAGGAUAAAAUAUUAGAUACGAAAACAAUUAGGCUUAUGUUCUCGUGCAUGAUGAAAGAACGAAGAGCAAUAGCAGGGACCCGUGAGCGCUCGAAUGAAUGUGCGCAAUGAAAAUGCAGGAAGUGGCUGCGUAGAAAAAUCUCUAAAUGGGGACGCGCUAUUUGAGUUCGCCAAAUGUAGGCUGUUAAGAUUUUCAGUCGCACAAUGAGGCACAUUAAUUAUGUGACAAGCGCUUCACUUCUACCCAUCUUUAGGCUGUUCUGUGGUCUUUGAUGCUCGAUGUUGAUGCUGUUUUCUUGAGUGUUACGCCGCUAUUUAGCAGUGAUAGCUUCCAAGUCCGCUGCAGAUAAUUCUGUCGUCGUACGAUCCAACCUUGCAAGAUAUCUAUAAAUCUGCUACUUUAGCUCAACUGCCUUGAUGCAGCGGUUAGGAGACCUGGCUUGCAAGUGGAAAUAUACAUGAAUUUGCCAAUGCGGUUGUGCUCGGCUGACCACACAAGGAAAUUCGAUGACAAAAAAAAAUGCUGUCCGCACAUCAACACUACUUCCUCCAACAUGGCGUCGCCUAAGGAAAGUAACGUUCGAGGAUUGCGACUAAUCGCUCUUUUGGCCGUACAUUUAGCACGCUACAGUGCUUGCAAAGAACUGGCUAUUUUGCUGGCGAUACCAACGAUUCACUUGUUCUUUCUUUCGGAGCUUUGUUCUCAUAGGAUAUGUGCUUUGACAGUAUUGUUAUCGACGCGGCGCUAGCAAUAUAUACAGGAAAGAAAGAAAGCAAAAGUGGUAAAUACAACUACGAGAGCUCCUCGUGUUGAAUAAACACUAAGGAUAGAAAUACGAACCAAUCAUAAACUCUACUUAUCUUCUUGUGAUGAUUAAUAGAACAAUAUUAUGGAACACUUCGCUAAAGUAAUACGUGCCAGGAAAAGGCGUAGGUUUGGUUCGAAGAGGCAAUGACGACUCGUGCGAUAAGAACGACAAAAAUUAAUAUCACACAACAGAUGCCCGAGAGCAGCGGCGUUUCUAAGUUGCACAAAAGCGGCUUACUCACUCAUUUUGUACAUAAGUAUUUGCAAGAAAUAGCCAGCCUACAAAAGGUGAACUCGUGCGACCAGAACAGUCACGACAGAGAAGGAGACGCCUUCGCGGAAACCCACACUGCUACCAGCCCAACGCAGCCCACUUGUCAGAAAUAGUCUGAGACACAGGCUGCGUCACGCAAAACUCGUGGACAUUACUUGAAAGGAAAACAUCCUAUAAGAAUUUAUUGUUCUAAGUUUUUUCGUAACACGGUAGCAAGAGUGAUUAAAUUCAAGGUGAGCUUGCCGCCAUCCAUUACUUUCGACGUGACUACGCGAAAUUAUACUUCGGAUACUUCAGCGUCCCUUGAGGAUACUAAGGACUGAAAGACCUCGCGUGAAUGUGUUUUGUGUGCUGUUAGGCUGCGAUAUUACAGGGUGCCUGGAAUGAGAUUGCUUCAAUAAACUCCUGAUUGAACUCAA